GUUUGGCAACACCGGUGGCUUAUGCGUCACCGCUUGGAUACCUGUCAAUUUUGUUGUCCUUUUGGUGUUAUUUUAAAUGGAUAAUUUAAAAUGUUGAAUGCUUUAUAAAUUUAUAUAAAUUUAUAGUGAUACAAUGUCUGAAUCCAUUGAGGGUUCAGCUUCUCCACCAUCGUCAGUGACUCAACCCGUCACAUCAGAAUUAGCUGAUGUGAAUCUGUUUAUUAAUUAUAUUAAGAGGGUGGUACCUGUACUGUUAGAAGAUAGUGAUGACAUUCAUCCGUCAUUAAUCACCGCUCUCUCAGAAAAGUCCAAUAUCGAAACGUUGAAAAAAUUCAUUGGGGACAAUCAGUGUCGUGCUUUGUUGAUUCAGAGAUCCUCAACCAAAGAUGAUGAAGAAGUCACAGAAGCAGGCGGUGAAGGAGAUGAAGAAAAAGAAAAUGUAUCUUACAUUAUAUCAGAUGAUGUACGCUUUACUAAUCCUAAAGUUAACAGUAUUGUGAUAAUCAAGACAUCAUCUGUCAUUGAAGCAGAUAAGAAAAUUGUUACACAAGUUAGAGUGAUGAACCUGAAUGAUGCUUCUCCAUAUGAAACCCUUCAUUCUUAUGUUAGCAGUGCAGUGGCUCCGUAUUUUAAAUCCUAUGUUCGUGAAACAGGAAGAGCUGAAAGGGAUGGAGACAAAAUGGCACCAUCUGUUGAGAAAAAAAUUGCAGAAUUGGAAAUGGGAUUGUUGCAUUUGCAGCAAAACAUAGACAUUCCGGAAAUCACUCUUCUCAUUCAUCCUGUUGUUGCCGCCACCAUAAAGAAGGCGAGUGAUGAAGGUCGAAAAGCUACAGUGAAUGACUUUGGAGAUAAAGUGGAAGAUUCCACUUUUUUGAACCAGUUGCAAAAUGGUGUCAACCGAUGGAUCAGAGAAAUACAAAAGGUUACGAAAUUGGUGCGUGAUGCCUCUUCAGGCACUGCUCUGCAGGAAAUCAGCUUUUGGUUGAAUUUGGAAAGAGCCCUUUUACGUAUUCAGGAAAAAAGAGAAAGCCCUGAGGUUGCUCUCACUCUAGAUAUAUUAAAAAAGGGAAAACGGUUUCAUGCAACUGUCAGCUUUGAUACAGAUACAGGUUUAAAGCAAGCUUUAGGCACUGUAAAUGAUUACAAUCCUCUCAUGAAAGAUUUUCCUUUAAAUGACCUGUUAUCAGCUACAGAAUUAGAUAAGAUCAGAACAGCUCUGGGAGCAAUUUUCUUCCAUUUAAGGAAGAUCCGAAGUACCAAGUACCCAAUACCUAGAGCGUUACGCUUAGUCGAAGCAAUAUCUCGAGACUUAAAAACACAAUUGUUGAAGGUUUUAGGUACCCGCAGACUGAUGCAUAUUCCUUUUGAUGAGUUCGAAAAGGUAUUAAAUGCUUGCUUUGAAGUUUUUGGAACGUGGGAUGAUGAAUAUGACAAACUUCAAGGAUUGCUACGAGACAUAGUUAAGAAAAAGAGAGAUGAACACUUGAAAAUGGUGUGGCGCGUGAGUCCAGAGCACAAAAAGCUUCAAGCAAGAAUGGAACAAAUGCGAAAGUUCAGAAGACAACAUGAACAACUACGCACUGUCAUUGUACGUGUUUUAAGACCCUCUGUGGCUCCAAGAUCUGCUCCGACAGCUGGAACUCCUGUUGUUGAGGACUCAUCUGAGACAAAAACAGAUUCUCUGGAUGCUGCAGAUAUUAAUGCUAUACAGGAAGUUAAUUUAGCAUAUGAAAAUGUCAAAGAAGUGGAUGGAUUAGAGAUAUCUAAAGAAGGUACCGAAGCUUGGGAAGCCUCCCUGAGAAGGUAUGAAGAAAGAAUUGAUCGUGUCGAAACACGUAUCACAGCCAGACUGAGAGACCAGUUGGGCACGGCCAAAAACGCCAAUGAAAUGUUCAGAAUAUUUUCCAGAUUCAAUGCUUUGUUUGUGCGACCUCACAUCCGAGGUGCUAUAAGAGAAUAUCAGACACAGCUGAUCCAGAGAGUGAAAGAUGACAUUGUAGCUCUUCAUGAAAAAUUCAAGGUUCAAUAUCCUCAAAGCAAAGCUAGCCGAAUGAGCAAAGUAAGAGAUCUACCACCUGUUGCAGGAUCAAUCAUCUGGGCUAAACAGAUUGAUCGCCAAUUAUCUGUGUACAUGAAAAGAGUUGAAGAUGUUCUAGGUAAAGGAUGGGAGAACCAUGUUGAAGGACAGAAAUUGAAAGCAGAUGCUGAUAGUUUUCGUGUGAAGUUGAACACUCAAGGCAUAUUUGAUGACUGGUCAAAAACUGUUAGUCAACGUCAACUUGGUGUCUCUGGUAGAAUAUUUACAAUUGACAACAUAAGAUCUCGAACUGGUAAAGGAAAUCUUUUGAAGCUAAGGAUAAACUUCUUACCUGAAAUAAUCACACUGGCUAAAGAGGUGCGCAACUUACGUUGGUUAGGCUUUAGAGUACCGCUGGCAAUUAUUAAUAAAGCUCACCAAGCAAAUCAGCUAUAUCCAUUUGCAAUUUCUCUUAUUGAAAGUAUUCGAUCUUAUGAGAGGACAUGUGAGAAAGUUGAAGAGAGACCAUCCAUUAUUCUUUUGGUAGCUGGAUUGAAGAAGGAUGCUCAAAGUUUAAUUAUGGAGGGUGUCAGUUUGGUUUGGGAAUCUUACAAGUUGGAUCCCUAUGUACAGCGUCUUGCAGAAAAUGUUUUUAACUUUCAAGAAAAAGUGGAAGACCUCUUGUCUAUCGAAGAACAGAUUGAUAUUGAUGUACGUUCUCUAGAAACAUGUGCAUAUAGUGCAACUACCUUUGCAGAGAUCCUUAAUAAGAUACAGAAAGCCGUGGAUGACUUGAGUCUUCACCAAUAUUCUAACCUAAAUAUGUGGGUUAGCAAACUUGAUGAAGAAGUUGAGACAAAGCUUGCCCUGAGACUUGAAGCUGGCAUCAAUGCUUGGACGAAAGCAUUGGAAGGUAAAAACCAACAAGAAGCAGAUUCUACUACUGAUGACACAACUACUGCCCACAAACUUGGUGGUGAUCCACAAAUACAGACUCUUAUUCACGAAAUUAGGAUCACAAAUCAAGUUAUUUAUGUUAACCCCAGCGUUGAAGAAGCUCGUUUUAACAUCAUGCAGCAACUUUUUGCUUGGGAGAAUGUUGUUCUUCUUCAAACUAGAAUUCAAAGCUCCCGCUAUCAGGUUGGUCUAGAUCGCCCAGUCUCUGAAUCUUAUAAGACUUUGUUACGCAAAAUGCCUGAUGGUGCUGUCACUUUAGAGUCAGCCUAUCAGACAAUCGAAAACAAAAUUCAACAAAUGGACUUGUAUGUUAAAGAAUGGCUCCGAUAUCAGGCUCUGUGGGAUCUUCAACCCGAAGCUCUGUACUCAAAACUGGGAGAAAAUAUCAGCCGCUGGAUGAAUACUUUAGUCGAAAUAAAAAAAUCAAGAACAACAUUUGACACUACAGAUGUUAGAAAAGAAAUCGGUCCAAUUAUUAUUGAAUAUGCAAAGGUUCAAUCUAAAGUUUCAUUGAAAUAUGAUUCUUGGCAUAAAGAUGUUCUUGGAAAAUUUGGAUCACUUCUUGGUAAUGAAAUGGCAUCUUUCCAUACUACUGUCUCAAAAUCUCGCAGUGAUUUAGAACAACAGUCUAUUGAAACUGAUUCAACUUCAGAUGCUGUCACAUUUAUAACAUAUGUUCAAUCUUUGAAAAAGAAAAUGAAAAUUUGGGAUAAAAAAGUUGAAUUGUAUAAAGAAGGUCAAAGGAUUCUUGAACGGCAGCGUUUUCAGUUCCCAAACUCUUGGCUGCAUGUCGACAAUGUGGAGGGUGAGUGGUCGGCUUUCAAUGAAAUAAUUCGCAGAAAAGACAGUGCUAUACAAGUCCAAGUUGCUAGCCUCCAAGUUAAGAUUGUGGCAGAGGACAAAGCUGUCGAAGCUCGAACAAAUGAAGUUCUGAAUGAGUGGGAAAAAUCCAAACCUGUAGAAGGAUCUUUAAAACCUCAAGAAGCAAUGGGCCAUUUGUCCCUCUUUGAAUCAAAAUUCAGUCGUUUGAAAGAAGAUAGAGAUAAUGUAAUGAAGGCUAAAGAAGCUUUAGAACUCCAGGAACCAGGCUUGUUGAGUGCAACAGAUGAACGUUUGUUAGUUGCUUUAGAGGAACUUCAUGAUCUUAAGGGUGUGUGGUCAGAACUGGCCAAAAUCUGGGAUCAAAUUGAUCAAAUGAAGGAACAGCCAUGGUUAUCAAUACAACCCAGAAAAUUACGGCAGCAUCUCGAUGGUCUAUUAAGUCAACUUAAAGAACUGCCUGCUAGACUGCGACAGUAUGCAUCUUAUGAAUAUGUGAAAAGAACAUUGAUGAGCUUUACUAAGGUCAACAUGCUCAUUGUAGAACUGAAAUCUGAUGCCUUGAAAGAACGGCACUGGAAACAAUUGAUGAAACAACUAAGAGUAAAUUGGGUCCUAUCUGAUCUUACCCUUGGACAGGUUUGGGACAUUGAUUUGCAGAGGAAUGAAGCAAUCAUUAAGGGUGUCAUAUUGAUUGCACAAGGAGAAAUGGCUUUGGAAGAAUUCUUAAAACAGGUUCGAGAAGCUUGGCAGAACUAUGAGCUGGAGUUGGUUAGUUACCAAAAUAAGUGCAGAUUGAUUAAAGGCUGGGAUGACUUGUUUACUAAAGUAAAAGAGCACAUUAACAGUGUUGCUGCCAUGAAAUUGUCUCCUUAUUACAAAGAAUUUGAAGAAGAUGCUUUAUCGUGGGAAGAAAAACUAAACAGAAUCAAUGCUCUCUUUGAUGUAUGGAUUGACGUUCAAAGGCGCUGGGUGUAUUUGGAGGGCAUCUUUUCAGGAAGUGCUGAUAUUCAAACUCUUCUUCCUGUUGAAACAUCACGUUUCCAAAGUAUCAGUGCAGAAUUUCUGACAUUAAUGAAGAAAGUGACCAAGUCUCCUCUCGUCAUGGAUGUGUUAAAUAUUCCUGGUGUUCAGAGGUCUCUUGAAAGAUUAGCAGAUUUAUUGGGAAAAAUUCAAAAAGCUUUGGGUGAAUAUUUAGAAAGGGAAAGAUCAUCAUUCCCAAGGUUCUAUUUCGUUGGUGAUGAAGAUUUAUUAGAAAUCAUUGGCAACAGUAAAAAUAUACCAAGGUUACAAAAGCAUUUUAAGAAAAUGUUUGCUGGUGUUGCAGCCAUAAUUUUAGAUGAGGAAGAUACAGUCGUCACUGGCAUUGCUUCCAAGGAAGGAGAAGAGGUGGCAUUCUCAAACAGAGUUUCUAUUAAAGAACAUCCUAAAAUUAAUGAGUGGCUGACAUUGGUUGAGAAGGAAAUGAGACUGACACUUGCCACUCUCCUGGCUUCUGCUGUUUCUAAUAUAGGUCCUUUCAAAGGAGGGCAAAUUGAUCAAAAGGAAUACAUGAAAUGGGUUGACAAUUAUCAGUCCCAAAUUGUUGUGUUGGCUGCCCAAAUAUCAUGGUCUGAGGAUGUAGAAAAUGCACUUCAUGUCAUAUCAAAUGCUGGUAACAAUGACCUGAAGCCAUUGGAAGAUGUUUUGACAGCUGUUGAGUCAACUCUGACAGUUCUGGCAGAUUCUGUUCUUCAAGAACAACCUCCAUUGAGACGCAAAAAGUUAGAACAUUUGAUUACUGAGUUUGUUCACAAACGAGAUGUCACUCGUUUACUUAUCAGGAAGAAAGUGUCCAACCCCAAAUCAUUCGAAUGGCUCAGCCGAAUGCGAUUUUACUUUGAUCCCCGCCAGUCUGAUGUCUUGCAACAACUCUCCAUUCACAUGGCAAAUGCUAAAUUCAACUAUGGUUUUGAAUACCUUGGAGUUCAGGAGAAACUUGUCCAAACUCCACUCACUGACAGAUGCUACCUCACUAUGACCCAGGCUCUAGAAGCUAGAUUAGGAGGAUCUCCUUUUGGUCCUGCAGGAACAGGCAAAACAGAGUCUGUGAAAGCUUUAGGUCAUCAGUUGGGUCGAUUUGUUUUGGUAUUUAACUGUGAUGAAACAUUUGACUUCCAAGCUAUGGGCAGAAUCUUUGUUGGUUUGUGCCAAGUUGGUGCCUGGGGUUGCUUUGACGAAUUUAACAGAUUGGAGGAACGCAUGUUGUCUGCUGUUUCUCAACAAAUUCAAAUGAUUCAAGAAACAUUGAAAAACCAACUGAGUCAAAAAACAAAUUUAAGUGUGGAAUUGAUUGGCAAGCAAGUGCAUGUGAAUCCUGACAUGGCUAUAUUUAUAACUAUGAAUCCUGGCUAUGCUGGAAGAUCAAAUCUUCCAGACAAUCUUAAAAAACUGUUUAGAUCUCUUGCCAUGACUAAGCCAGACAGGCAACUUAUUGCCCAAGUGAUGUUAUUCUCACAAGGUUUCCGCUCUGCUGAGAAGCUGGCCAGCAAAAUUGUUCCAUUUUUCAAGUUAUGUGAUGAGCAAUUGUCAAAUCAAUCUCAUUAUGAUUUUGGCUUGCGAGCUCUUAAAAGUGUUUUGAUCAGUGCUGGUAACAUCAAGAGAGACAGAAUACAGAGAAUUAAAGAUACCUUAGCUGAGCAAGGAGAAAAGUUACCCGAAGGCAAAAUUGCAGAGCAGUUACCUGAGCAAGAAAUUUUGAUUCAGAGUGUAUGCGAGACGAUGGUUCCGAAGCUAGUGGCAGAAGAUAUUCCCCUCCUCUUCUCUCUUUUGUCGGAUGUGUUCCCAGGUGUUUCCUACACCAGGGCUGAGAUGAAAGGUUUAAAGGAGCAAAUAAAGAAAGUCUGCCAAGAAAUGUAUCUUGUGUGCGGGGAAAACGAAGAAGUUGGAGGACUCUGGAUGGAAAAGGUUUUGCAACUUUUCCAAAUUUCUCAACUGAAUCAUGGCCUGAUGAUGGUUGGUCCAAGUGGCAGUGGUAAAUCUACUGCAUGGAGAGUGCUUCUGAAAGCUCUUGAAAGAUUUGAAGGGGUUGAAGGUGUGGCUCAUGUUAUUGACCCUAAGGCUAUUUCAAAAGAAGCCUUAUAUGGAACUCUUGAUCCAAAUACCAGAGAAUGGACAGAUGGAUUGUUUACUCAUGUAUUGAGAAAGAUUAUUGAUAAUGUAAGAGGAGAAAUCAGCAAGCGCCAAUGGAUAAUAUUUGAUGGUGAUGUCGAUCCAGAAUGGGUUGAAAAUUUGAAUAGUGUUCUCGAUGAUAAUAAACUUUUGACUUUACCCAAUGGAGAACGUCUUAGCUUGCCACCUAAUGUUAGAAUCAUGUUUGAAGUUCAGGACUUGAGGUUUGCCACAUUGGCUACUGUAUCUCGAUGUGGUAUGAUUUGGUUCAGUGAAGAUGUGUUAUCUACAGAAAUGGUAUUUGAAAAUUUCAUGCAGAAAUUGAGAUAUAUUCCACUCGAAGAAGUUGAAGAAGAAAUAUCUUACAAGAAAAAGAAGGAAGACGCUUUGAAAGAAGAUCUGUUGUCGCCAACAUUACAAGUUCAAAGAGAUGUUACUACAAUUCUUGCACCACAUUUUGCAUCUGAUGGAUUAGUUGUGAGAGCAUUAGACUUUGCCUCUAAUCAAGAACAUGUUAUGGAUUUCACUAGGUUGAGAGCUCUUGGUUCUUUGUUUUCAAUGCUUAACCAAUCUUGUCGCAAUGUGCUUAACUACAAUCAUACUCAUCCUGAUUUCCCUAUGCAGCAAGAUCAGCUUGAUAGAUAUAUACCUCGCUGUUUGAUCUAUGCUCUCCUUUGGUCAUUUGCUGGAGAUGGAAAAUUGAAAAUUCGAUCAGAUCUUGGUGAUUUCAUCAGAGGAAUUACAACUAUACCUUUGCCUCCUAGUACAGCUAUACCCAUUAUUGAUUUUGAGGUUUCUGUAAGUGGUGAAUGGUCACCAUGGCAGAGCAAAGUUCCUCAAAUCGAAGUUGAGACACAUAAAGUUGCAGCACCAGAUAUUGUUGUUCCUACCCUUGAUACUGUGCGACAUGAAUCUUUGCUUUACACUUGGUUAGCAGAACAUAAACCUUUAGUUUUGUGUGGACCUCCCGGAUCUGGCAAAACAAUGACUCUUUUCAGUGCUUUGAGGUCACUUCCAGAUAUGGAAGUUGUUGGUUUGAAUUUCUCCAGCGCUACCACACCUGAACUUUUGCUAAAAACUUUUGAUCAUUAUUGUGAGUACAAGAGGACUCCAAAUGGAAUUGUUUUAUCUCCCAUACAAUUGGGAAAAUGGCUUGUGCUAUUCUGUGAUGAAAUUAACUUACCAGAUAUGGAUAAAUAUGGAACACAAAGAGUGAUAUCAUUUUUAAGACAAAUGGUAGAACAUGGCGGAUUUUACAGAACUUCUGAUCAAGCAUUUGUCAAACUAGAGAGGAUACAGUUUGUUGGUGCCUGUAAUCCACCUACUGAUCCAGGAAGGAAACCCCUCUCUCAUCGCUUUUUACGCCAUGUGCCUGUGGUUUAUGUUGAUUACCCUGGCGAAACCUCACUGAAGCAAAUUUACGGUACAUUUAACCGAGCUAUGCUCAGACUGUUGCCCGCAUUGAAAACUUAUUCUGAUCCACUUACUGCAGCUAUGGUUGAGUUUUAUCUCAUGUCACAGGAACGAUUCACACAAGACAUGCAGCCACAUUAUGUAUACAGUCCCAGAGAACUUACAAGGUGGGUGAGAGGUAUUUGUGAAGCUAUCAGACCUCUUGAAUCUCUGCCAGUUGAAGGUCUGGUACGAUUGUGGGCUCACGAAGGAUUAAGGCUCUUCCAAGACAGAUUGGUUGGAGAAGAUGAACGAGUAUGGACUGAUGAAAAUAUCAAUAUAGUUGCGUUAAAACACUUCCCGAACAUCAGUCGAGAUGCCGCUUUAGAAAGACCCAUUCUCUACAGCAAUUGGUUGUCUAAAGAUUACCUGCCUGUUGAACGACAAUCACUCAGAGAUUACACCAAAGCUAGGCUUAAGAUCUUUUAUGAGGAAGAGUUAGACGUGCCCCUUGUUCUCUUUAAUGAAGUAUUAGAUCAUGUUCUUAGGAUUGAUCGUAUUUUCAGACAGCCACAGGGUCACUUGCUUCUAAUUGGUGUAAGUGGAGCAGGUAAAACGACCUUGUCUCGUUUUGUUGCCUGGAUGAAUGGCCUAAGUGUUUUCCAAAUAAAGGUUCAUAAUAAAUAUAGUGCUCAUGAUUUUGAUGAAGACUUAAGAUCUGUGUUAAGAAGAUCAGGUUGCAAGGAUGAAAAGAUCUGCUUUAUCCUUGAUGAAUCAAAUGUGCUGGAUUCAGGCUUUCUGGAGAGGAUGAAUACCCUAUUGGCAAACGGAGAAGUUCCGGGUCUGUUUGAAGGAGAUGAGUUCACAACUCUCAUGACUCAGUGCAAGGAAGGCUCUCAGAGAGAAGGCUUGAUGCUUGACUCAAAUGAAGAGCUUUACAAGUGGUUCACACAGCAGGUUAUGAAAAAUCUUCAUGUUGUGUUUACCAUGAAUCCCUCAUCAGAAGGCUUGAAAGACAGAGCUGCUACUUCCCCUGCCCUUUUCAACAGGUGUGUUCUUAACUGGUUUGGAGAUUGGUCUGAUGAAGCCCUUUUCCAUGUGGGCCGGGAAUUUACAAACAAACUGGAUAUGGACAAACCUCAUUACCAUGCCCCGGAUUAUUUCCCAGCUGCCUUCCCAGGUCUUGAGAUGCCACCUACUCAUCGUACCGCCAUAGUAAAUGCCUUUGUGUAUGUGCACCAAACUUUGCACAAAGCAAAUGCCAGAUUGUCUAAGCGAGGAGGUCACGUGGCAACUGUCACUCCCAGGCACUUCCUUGAUUUCAUCAACCAUUAUGUUAAGCUCUUUAAUGAGAAACAAGCAGAGCUUGAAGAACAACAACUGCAUUUGAAUGUUGGUCUUCAGAAAAUACACGAGACUGUUGAACAAGUGGAAGAACUGCAAAAAUCACUUGCUUUAAAACGAAGAGAACUGGAGGCUAAAAAUCAAGCUGCCAAUGCAAAACUUAAAGAUAUGUUGAAAGAUCAACAAGAAGCAGAAAAGAAGAAAACACAAUCACAUGAAAUCCAAGCUCAAUUAAGGGAGCAAGAAGAAGUAAUUGCUGUAAAACGAGCAAGUGUCAUGGAAGAUUUAUCAAAAGUAGAACCAGCUGUUCUAGAUGCUCAAGCUGCUGUGAAGUCCAUAAAGAAACAGCAUUUAGUUGAAGUGAGAUCCAUGGCUAAUCCUCCGGCACCUGUAAAACUUGCACUAGAAUCUAUUUGUUUACUACUGGGUGAACCAUCUACUGAAUGGAAAGCUAUAAGAUCAGUUAUUAUAAGAGAGAACUUUAUUAAUACAAUUGUCAACUUCUCUACUGACGACCUUACUUCAGACAUUCGAAUGAAAAUGAAGAACAAGUAUGUCAAUAACCCUGAGUUCAACUUUGAAAAAGUGAAUCGUGCUAGUGUUGCUUGUGGUCCCAUGGUGAAAUGGGCAAUUGCUCAGAUAAACUAUGCUGACAUGUUAAAACGAGUAGAACCUCUACGUGAUGAGCUUCAAAGUUUAGAAACAGCUGCAGAUGAAAAUAAACAUAGAGCUGAAGAAAUGAAUAAUCUAAUAAAUCAUUUGGAAAAAAGCAUUGCUGCCUAUAAAGAAGAAUAUGCAAAUCUGGUCAGUCAAGCCCAAGCUAUCAAAGCCGAUCUUGCUUCUGUACAAGCAAAGGUUGACCGUAGUAUUGCUUUACUUAAAAGCUUGAGUUCUGAGAGAGAAAGAUGGGAAGCCACAAGUGAAACUUUUAAAAAUCAAAUGGCUACAAUUGCAGGAGAUGUUCUUCUUUCUUCAGCUUUCUUGGCAUAUGCUGGUUAUUAUGAUCAACAGUAUAGGAAUAAUUUAUUCAAUUAUUGGUGCACUCAUUUGCAGCAAGCUAGCAUAUUAUUUCGUGCAGAUCUUGCCAGAACUGAGUAUUUAUCAACUGCUGAUGAGAGGUUGAGAUGGCAAGCCAAUGCAUUACCUUCUGAUGAUUUGUGUACUGAAAACGCUAUUAUGCUGAAGCGCUUCAACCGCUAUCCUUUAAUCAUUGAUCCAUCUGGUCAAGCAACAGAAUUCAUUUUAAAUGAAUACAAAGAGAAGAAAAUAACCAAAACAAGCUUCCUUGAUGACUCGUUUAGAAAAAAUCUAGAAAGUGCUUUGAGAUUUGGAAAUCCUCUUCUUGUGCAGGAUGUGGAAAGUUAUGAUCCAAUUCUGAAUCCAGUACUUAACAGAGAGGUGCGUAAAACUGGUGGUCGAGUUCUGAUUACUCUUGGAGAUCAAGAUAUUGAUUUGUCUCCAUCAUUCUGUAUUUUCUUAUCCACUCGAGAUCCCACUGUUGAUUUCCCACCUGAUAUUUGCUCCCGUGUCACUUUUGUUAAUUUUACAGUUACUCGCAGCAGUUUACAAAGUCAAUGUCUCAAUCAGGUUUUAAAAGCAGAAAGACCAGAUAUUGAUGAAAAGAGGUCAGAUCUUCUAAAACUACAAGGAGAGUUCCAUGUUCGCCUACGACAACUGGAAAAAUCUCUUUUGCAAGCUCUUAAUGAUGCUAAAGGUCGCAUUUUAGAUGAUGACAGUGUGAUAAGUACAUUAGAGAAAUUGAAAAAUGAGGCUUCAGAAAUCAUGCACAAAGUAGAAGAAACUGAUAAAGUGAUGAGUGAAGUUGAGAUGGUAUCCCAGCAGUAUAUGCCCUUGUCUCAAGCAUGUAGCAGUAUAUACUUCACUUUAGAAGGCUUACACCAAGUUCAUUUCCUAUACCAGUAUGCACUUCAAUUUUUCCUGGAUAUGUACAAUGAUGUUUUAACCAACAAUCCUCACCUAACGGGCAUGCUUGACAGCAAUGCUAGACUCUCCAUCAUAACAUCAGAUCUUUUUCAGACUGUAUACAAUCGUGUUACUAGAGGAGUUCUUCAUGAAGAUCGGCUGAUAUUUGCUUUACUGCUCUGCAAAAUUUAUUUGAAAGGAUUGUCGAGUGAACCAAAUUUUGAACAUGAAUUCAAUCAUUUCUUGCGUGGAAGAGAAGGAAUUUUGCCUGGACAGCCAACCAUUCAUAUGGGUGGAUUGAAUCCUGAUCAACUUGAAGGAGCCACAGCUCUUUCCAAAUUGCCAGCUUUUAAAAACUUACAAAGGAAAUUGGAUGAUCUGGAGAAUUUCAAAACUUGGAUUGAAAGUGCUAUCCCUGAACAAGAAGUACCCACUUUGUGGAGUGAUGAUAAACCCCUCACAUCAAUUGGAACAGCAAUGCAUGAACUGUUAGUGACACAAGCUUUCAGGCCGGACAGAGUUAUUGCCAAGGCUUAUCAAGUGGUGUCUUCUGUUUUGGGCCAAAAUUUCUUAUCUGAAGCAGAAGUUGAAUUAGAUUUGGGAACAGUUGUUGAAAAUGAAGUGAAGUCUAAUACCCCUGUCCUUAUGUGUUCUGUACCCGGUUAUGAUGCCAGUGGUAGAGUGGACGAUUUAUCCGCAGAGCUUGGCAAAAGCAUUACCUCCAUUGCUAUGGGUUCAGCUGAAGGUUUCAGUCAAGCAGAAAAAGCUAUCAAUUCAGCAUCAAAAACUGGAAGAUGGGUAAUGUUAAAAAAUGUUCACCUUGCCCCUCAAUGGCUAGUGCAACUUGAAAAAAAACUCCACACUCUGAAACCUCAUGCAUCUUUCCGCCUUUUCCUAACCCUGGAAAUACACCCUAAAGUUCCAGUGAAUCUCCUGCGUGCUGGACGAAUCUUUGUUUUUGAGCCCCCUCCAGGAAUAAAGGCCAACUUGUUACGCACUUUCAGUGCUGUACCAGCUCAGAGAAUGAUGAAAGCUCCAGGAGAACGUGCUCGUCUUUAUUUCUUGCUUGCUUGGUUCCAUGCUGUUGUUCAAGAGAGGCUUCGCUAUGCACCACUUGGAUGGUCAAAGCGUUAUGAAUUCAAUGAGUCUGAUUUGAGAGUUGCCUGUGAUACUCUUGAUACUUGGAUAGAAACUGUUGCUAUGGGAAGAACCAAUCUUCCUCCUGAAAAAGUGCCAUGGGAUGCUAUCUGCACUCUUCUGAGUCAGUGCAUAUAUGGUGGAAAAAUCGACAAUGAAUUUGAUCAGCGUUUGCUGAACUCUUUCCUCAGCAAGUUAUUUACAGCCCAAAGUUUUGAACCUGAUUUCCCAUUGGUCACUGGUGUAGAUGGCAUAGACAGCAAGAAUGUCACAAUGCCUGAAGGAAUAAGACGGGACCAAUUCUUACAUUGGAUAGAGAAUCUCUCAGAACGACAGUCACCUUCUUGGUUAGGAUUACCAAAUAAUGCAGAAAAAAUGUUAUUACUCACUGGAGGGACUCAGUUAAUAGCCAAGCUUUUGAAGAUGCAACUUCUGGAGGAUGAUGAUGAGGUUGUCUAUUCUGCUGAUGAAUCAGAAGCAACACGAAAAGCUGACGGACGACCAGCCUGGAUGAUAACUCUUCACAACUCUACUGCAACAUGGCUGCGACUGGUUCCACAGAAUUUGCCGUCUCUGAAAAGAACCGUAGAAAACAUCAAAGAUCCUAUGUACAGAUAUUUCGAAAGAGAGGUGAAUGCUGCUGUAAAAUUAUUACAAACUGUUCGUCGUGACUUAGAAGAUGCAAUUAUGAUAUGUAAAGGGGAGAAAAAACAAACCAACUUCCAUCGUUCAAUGAUUAGUGAUCUUGCAAAAGGUAUUCUUCCCUCUCACUGGCGUUGUUACACUGUUCCAUCUGGUUGUACAGUCAUUCAGUGGAUUACUGACUUUUCUGACAGAGUCAAACAAUUACAGAAAGUUUCAACUGCUUCGAUAUCAGGAGGGACUGCAGCCUUAAAGAACUUACAUGUGUGGCUAGGUGGUUUGUUUAAUCCUGAAGCUUAUAUAACUGCUACUCGUCAGUAUGUUGCACAAGCAAAUGGCUGGUCCCUUGAAGAAUUAGCAAUGGAGGUUAAAAUAGCAAAUAAAGAUGAAAAACCAGCAGAUCUUGAUGAAUGCAGCUUUGGUGUUACAGGAUUGAAACUCCAAGGAGCAGAAUGCUUUGAUAGCAAACUACAUUUAACUCUCACUAUUUCUACUGAUUUGCCCUUGACAACAAUACGAUGGAUAAAAAAAACUGAAACAAAAUCAGCAUUACCAGAGGUGACAUUGCCGGUUUACUUGAACACCACUCGCAGUGAACUACUCUUUACCGUCAACUUACCUGUUGCUGCACAAGAAAAGGAGCAUAGUUUUUAUGAAAGAGGCGUUGCAGUCAUAUGUUCCUCUGCUUUGGGUUGAAGAGGAAAAAAAUUUAUCUGUGAUGGCGCUUCUUUUCUUCCAAUUUAAAUCAUUUUGAAUCCUGAACAUUAAAUUUGUAUGCAGCUAUUUUUUUUAAUUAUCCAAAGACUUUUCUUUUUAAAUAUAUUUGCUGUGAUGGUUACUUUUAAUGUAUUUUACAAUUUUGUUGUUUUUAUGUGAUGGUUGAAUCUUUAAACAUUCAGUGAUAAAUAAUAAUUUCAAGAGAUUGUGCGACAUUAAAGUUUUAAUCAAAA